GGCCAGGCUGGGCUCGGGGCUGAGAGAGAGGCCCCGGGGGGCACCGGAAAGGGUUGGGGGCGGGUGUCAUUGGCCUCUGUCCUCAGAGCGGGAUGCGGUGACGCCCCUGAGCGACCAUGGCAGCGGCCGACGAGCUGGCCUUCCACGAGUUCGAGGAAGCUUCUGAUCUGCUGGCCGAGACCCCAGAUGCGGCCACCACCAGUGGAAGCAAUCAGCUGACCCCACAGGGGCAUGUGGCCGUGGCGGUGGACUCGGGUGGCAGUUAUGGAGCUGAGGAGGAAGUGGAGGAGAGUGAUAGGACUGCGCUCCUGCAGGAGGAGAAGCAGCAGCCCGGAUUUUGGACGUUUGGCUACUAUCAGAGUUUCUUUGACGUGGACACAUCCCAGGUCCUGGACCGAAUCCGAGGCUCGCUGCUGCCCCGGCCUGGCCACAACUUUGUGCGGCACCAUCUGCGGAAUCGGCCGGACCUGUAUGGCCCCUUCUGGAUCUGUGCCACACUGGCUUUCGUCUUGGCCGUCACUGGCAACCUGACCCUGGUGCUGGCCCAGAGGAGAGACCCCUCUAUCCAUUACAGCCCCCAGUUCCACAAGGUGACUGUGGCCGGCGUCACCAUCUACUGCUACGUUUGGCUGGUGCCGCUGGCGCUGUGGGCCUUCCUGCAGUGGCGGAAGGGGGUCCGCGAGCGCAUGGGGCCUUACACCUUCCUGGAAACCGUGUGCGUCUACGGCUACUCCCUCUUUGUCUUCAUCCCCACCGUGGUGCUGUGGCUCAUCCCUGUCCCAUGGCUGCAGUGGCUCUUCGGGGGGCUGGCCCUGGCCCUGUCAGCCGCUAGCCUGGUGUUCACCCUCUGGCCUGUCAUCCGAGAGGACACCAGGUUGGUGGCUGCGGUGCUGCUCUCGACCGUCGUGCUCCUCCACGCCCUCCUGGCCGUGGGCUGUAAGUUUUACUUCUUCCAGCCGCUGCCUCUGGCGCACCCAGCCCCCCCAACGCAGGCUGCAUCUCUGUCCCCAGACCUCCUGCCGCCACCCACUGCUAGAGCCCACACCACCUAGGGAAUGCCCAGCCGGAAGGCGUCUCUCUUUCAGGCCCAGCAUGAGGGGACACCACUGCCCGCCCUGCCCCUCAGACGAUGACCGAAGUCUCCCCUGACACCUUGAGAUCACUCUGCUGCUUUCCAGACUUUUCUUACAAAGCAAACACUUUUAUUUUCUAUGCAAA